AUGGCGACAGUUUUCGAAAUGAAAGUAGGUGAACCAAGACCAAAAACUUCAUGGGUCUGGCCUUAUUUUGAUGUUAAAACUUUACCCGAUGGUGAACCCCUAGCAUGUUGCAAAUCAUGUGGGAAAACGUUCAAACAUGGUGGGAGCACAUCGAAUCUUAUCAACCAUCUCGCAAAAACGCACAAACUAUUUCCACCAAAAAUGAAACGGGCAAGCGGAGACGACGCCGCCAAAAACAGGAAGGGAAGCAUCAACGAACAAGCAAGUGGAUUUGGUGCAGGCAGCUUUGAACAGAACAUCGAAACUGUUACGGGAGGACAGCCAUCAGUGGGACAAGAGUUGGUGGGCCAUCCGUUGGGUUUCUUGAUAGGCAAAUGGCAAGGACGAGGGAAGGGAACGUAUCCGGGAAUGCAGGAAUUUGAGUAUAUCGAAGAUAUCGAAAUCUAUCCCGAUGAAGCUGGAAGAGGGUGGCUGUACUAUAGACAAAAGACGUGGAACCCAGCCCGGAAUAAUGCCAACUUUCACAGUGAGAUGGGUUAUUUCCGCUGCCCCGGCGUCGCUACCGUUGAAGAAGGACAAAUUGAAGGCACAUCUUUAUCCUUACAUUGUUCUAAUAUCGCACGAUCUGCUUCAGCCAAGCCUCCUCACGUACAAGAAUACAAAAGACGAUGGCAAUAUGAUCCUCGGGCCAAUACUUUGACAUACGAGUUCUUUAUGGCAACGUCACAAACACCAAUGGAACCCCAUCUAUUUGCUACUCUGCAUAAAGUAUAG